CGCACCUUGCCUCCCAUUCUCCUCGCUGUUCAGUGUCCCAUUCCGACUCUCCGGACCCCCUCCUCACUCCCUCAGCCCAUCGGAACCUCCAAAGUUCAUCAGGACCAUGAUGCUCAGCAGCUCCGUGGAGGUGCCCAGCUCGGGCGGGAUAGGUGGCCUCAGUGGACUGAGCGCGGCUGCUCGGAAYGUGGUGCGCUCCUCCAGCAUCUCGGGGGCCAUGUACAGCCUGGACAAAAGUCCCAGCAACGGGGGUCCAGACUCAGCGUCGCUCACCGGCAACAAGAAGCGGCGCUCCAGUCUGGGUGCCAAAAUGGUGGCCAUCGUGGGGUUGUCCCAGUGGAGCAGAAGCACACAGCAGCUCAACCAGCAAGAUGGUGGAAUGAAGAAGCUUCGUAGCACCAUCCGAAGGAGCACAGAGACCGGCAUCGCUGUGGAGAUGAGGAAUCGAGUGACGCGGCAAGGAAGCAAGGAGUCUACAGAUGGCAGCACCAACUCUAAUAGCUCUGAUGGAACGUUUGUCUUUCCUACCACACGCCUGGGGCCUGAGAGCCAGUUCAGUGACUUCCUGGAUGGACUUGGCCCCGCCCAGAUCGUGGGCAGGCAAACACUAGCCACACCCCCCAUGGGGGAUGUCCAUAUAGGUAUGGUUGACCGAGGAGGACAGCUGGAGGUGGAGGUGAACCAAGCCAGAAGGUUGACCCCAAAACCAGGCUCCAAAAACAUACCAGCCACCUAUGUGAAAGUGUAUGUGUUAGAAAAUGGAAUGUGCUUGGCGAAGAAGAAAACCAAAGUAGUGAAGAAGAAUCUGGACCCCACCUACCAACAGGCUUUGUUGUUUGAUGAGAGUCCUCAGGGCAAAGUCUUACAAGUAAUAGUAUGGGGGGAUUACGGGCGUAUGGACCACAAGUGCUUCAUGGGAAUGGCCCAGAUCCUUCUGGAGGACUUGGACCUCUCCGCCACAGUCAGCGGCUGGUACAAGCUGUUCCCUACCUCCUCCCUGGCAGACCCCAGCAUCGGACCCCUCACCAGACGCCUCUCGCAGUCCUCCCUGGAGAGCGCCACCAGCCCCUCGUGCACCUAGACACUCAGCAGGCACAAGCCCGGGUGGUGUUUACACGUGACGACUGUCUUUAAAGCGCAACAAGCAUACACUUAUAAACACACACUCCCAGGCUGCCGUAUCCUUCAGGAAGGAGUAUCGCUCCUGUUUUCACCCAUUAAUUAACCCGAGCUGACAAAAUGAGCAGCAAAAUCUAAAUCCACAUAAAUUACCUGAACAUGCAGUCCCUCCCUUUUUUUCCCCCAAUCCAUCCACACAUUUCAGCAUUUCACCACACACCCGGUGCCACACCCUGCGCAUCUCAUUCCAGGGCCAUCCCGAUGCCAGUUUCUAAACUCUCUAUGCCAAACUGAGAAAAAACUUUAUUUUUUAAAACCAAAGCAAUUGUUAUUGUUGUUAUUACUAUAAGUAGUAGGUGAAGUAGUACACUAUAUAAAGUAUGAAUAUGUAGCAGAGUCAAUGACUUAGAUGUAAUGCAAAAAAAUAUAUAUAUAAAUAAAUAAAAAGACAACAAAUUUUACACAUAUAAGCUCAAAACUAUAAGUAAAACACACAAACCUGGCUAACAAGUGCAAAUAUUCACAUAAUGGCUGUUAUGUGAGGUAGCAACACUGCUAUUCUAUAAUUUUCACAGGGCAGAGUUUAUAUACAGAUAUAUCUGAAUAGGUAGUUAAAUACUUUUUUGUCUUUACUCAUGUAUCAGCUGCAGUUUGCAUGUUUGCUUGCGAGACACUUUGAAGUUCUUCAGUCUUUUUAUUUUCGCUUGCCGCGACUGGUGCGAGCAGGAGCGCAGUGCUGCUUUGACUUUGUCUGGAGAGUCAGGGGGUCCGCUAUCCGCCGAAGAGAACAGUGUCGGUCAGCUGCUGAAUUUACGCUGCUGCCUUCGCCCUCGGAGGAUCAGGCUCGUCGGCGUGGGGUUUGUGUUCCACGGCCAAGCGGGCGCCACGGGCUCACUUUGUCUACCAGCACCUGGACUCCUUUGGACUUCCAGUUCCCUCGUUUUUGAUGUCAUAAAUUCUUCUUCCUGCUCAGUGUUGGACACGGGGAGGGAAAACGGUGAGCACUCACCCUGUGGCUCUUUUUGUGUUUGCUGGUCUGUCCCUCUGAAACCUGCUGUAAAUGUGUAAACAUGUAAAUAGCUCCAGGUGAGGUUCUUUUAUUCUUUGUUGAGGUUUUUUUUU